AUGGCAAAAUUACUGGAAAAUUUUGAAGUUCCACAAGAAAAUGAUGAAACAGAAAUGACUUGGGAAGAAUUCAAACGUCUAUUUAAGAAGAAUCCAACUAUUUAUGCAAAGUCACCAUUCUACAGACGUUAUUAUUUACUUGUUGAAGGGAAAAAAGACCAGAUGCGUUCAGAUGCUACUUUGAAAAUUACGAACGGUUUAUAUUUUCCGCAGUUCAUACAUUAUUUACUAACAACAUUCAUGGCGUAUUGUCCGUUGUGGACUGCAAUGAUGAUGGAUUUGCUCGAUCGAGAAAUUUCACGAAUUUCGAACAAUUACGCAGAAUCCCAUAUGCGAACAUAUAAGUAUUGGGUUUUAAAAAAUGAAAAACGUUGGCCAAUUGGAAAAGUAUGUCGGAAGUUGCAAGAGAACAAUGAAAAUCUUGUAAAGGAAAAUAUUUUAAGCAAGUGUGAAUUAAGCAAAAAAUUAAAAGGUACUCAGUAUGACCUAUAUCGUAAAAUAACAGAGAAUUCUUUAGAUGGAUUGUUGUGGAAUCGUAAGAUUGAAAGUGAUAAUAAUGAAGAAAAAAAAGUAAGAAAACGAAAAAUUAGACAUAUGGAUGGAAAAAAAAUUCUAAAAUUAACAGAAAUUCCGGAAGAAACGGAAAAGAUAAGUACCCCCCAGGAAAAGGUCAAAGAUACAAAAAAAAACAAGCAGCAAAAGAAAUUUGCUGCAAACGAUUUAUCAAUUGAGAAUUCAGAACUACAUAAGUUGUUGUUGUUAAAAAAUGGUUUAGUAAAUGACGUGAAUUAUUAUGCCAAUACGAAGUCUCUCAUCAUCGUAAUUGCUUAUUACUACCCUACAACUGAGAACUUCAUAUUGAAAAAAGAAAUAACAAUGAAUGGAAAACAACUUAGAAAUUUAUUAUAUAGGAGAGGAUCCGUUGACGCUGAAACUAUUGACAUAUUUGCUGCUAUGAACGCUGACAAAAGUACAAAUGUAUUUUACCAAUCAGCUGAAGUAGCUAGCGUAGUGAUAAAAAGUAAAAGUAAAAGAGAUAGUAAUGAACAAGUUCAUGAAAAAUAUUACACUAAAAAUAAUACCUCGUGUGGAACCAUUCUCAUACCGUAUUACGAACAAGAACACUGGAUACUAUUGGUAGUUAGCGAAACGGAAAAAUCGAUCGAAAUCCUAGACCCGUACAAUAGAGUAAAAAAUCCGACAAAAAUAACAAAUGCAGUAACGAGUUACAUUAACAAAUGUAAUCGUCAAUCGAACAAAAAAUCUAUGAUAGCAGCAAAUUGGAUCGUUAAGAUUCCACGAGAUCGAUCUCUUCAGAAACUGACUGAUAAAUUUAAUUCUGCAGUUUAUGUAAUGUACUAUGCACAAUGUAUUGGACAAAAUCGGGAAAUGAAUGAAACCUUGGAUCCCGAAAAAUAUCGAGAAACAAUUAUACACUUCAUUAUGGAGCAUUCAUUGGGCUUAGAGAAUAAAUGCUUAUAUUGCUUUCGGGGAAUUGAUACGGAAAAGCAUAUUGCUUGCAUUAUGUGCCACAGACAAGUUCAUAACAAAUGUCGGAGGCUUGAUGGAAUGGAUACAGAAGAUGAAGAAAGAGUUGAGUAUUAUGAACCACCGAAGAAGAAAAAUUGGGUUGUUCCGGAGGUACUAGAGGGUUGA